UUUCACUCACUCACUCCAGAGCUGUGUGCACGCGCAUUAGGUGACCCAAAUCAGUGCUGAAGGAGGCAAGGCGAUAGUAACAUCUCUAACGUGGUUCAUCCAGUUCGAGCCUUCAAGUAAGAGCUACAUUUCCCGUUUAGAGGUGAGCACCUCAUUACUCCAGCAGCCAUGGCAGACGAGGCCGACAUGCGCAAUGAGCUGACGGACAUGCAGGCCAGAGCUGAUCAGCUGGGCGAUGAGUCUUUGGAAAGCACUCGCCGCAUGCUGCAGCUGGUUGAAGAGAGUAAAGAUGCUGGUAUCAGAACUUUGGUUAUGCUGGAUGAACAGGGAGAGCAACUGGAGCGCAUCGAAGAGGGAAUGGAUCAGAUCAAUAAGGACAUGAAAGAAGCAGAAAAGAAUUUGACGGAUCUAGGAAAUCUCUGUGGUCUAUGUCCAUGUCCAUGUAACAAGCUGAAAGGUGGUGGCCAGUCCUGGGGUAAUAACCAGGAUGGGGUGGUGUCCAGUCAGCCAGCUCGUGUGGUCGAUGAACGUGAGCAGAUGGCCAUCAGCGGAGGAUUCAUUCGCAGGGUAACAAAUGAUGCGCGAGAAAAUGAAAUGGAUGAGAAUUUGGAACAGGUGGGAGGUAUCAUCGGUAACCUCCGCCACAUGGCUCUCGACAUGGGCAACGAGAUCGACACCCAGAACCGUCAAAUCGACAGGAUUAUGGAUAUGGCCGAUUCCAACAAAACCAGGAUCGACGAAGCCAACCAGCGUGCCACAAAGAUGUUGGGAAGUGGCUAAACCCCUGCGAGAAAUGCUUUGGCUCCCUUUUCCCCUCCCCGCUGUACCUGCAACAGUGCACAUGUGCUUUUACCGUGGUUCUCACCUGACCGGUUUGCACACAUGCACUUAUCAGCCCCUCUGCGCUCUAUCUAGGAAGUGUCGUCGUGUGUCUGUCUGUCUUAACUGAUAGUCUAGUAAAUGGUCACAUUUACUCUGUAUCUUUCUCUCCAAAGGUUAAAUGUACAUAGUGCAUAUUUGAUGGCUAGAGCUCAUGUGAAGUUUCUUCUUCUUUUGAUGGUUACUUUAUGUUUUUUUUAAGUGUAUAUUUAUUAAAUAUAUAUACACAUAUUUCUUGGAUGAAAUUUCUUAAAGGUUUUCAGUCAUCUGUGUGUCCAUGCUCUGUGUUUUACUCUAUAUAAGCCAUGCUUCAUAUUCAGAUGUAGCGAGACAGGAGACGAAUUAGACUGUGAGGUGCAGGAGAUAACGUGACAGAUUGCUUAUCUUAGCCUGACAUUUUGUAAUCGCCUUUAGACAGUGUUCAUUAUUGAUUAUUCCACCUAAAUUGGUCAGAUACUGUAUGUAUACAGCGUGUCACUUUCACUUAUUAUUACCCGCGGCGUUCCCGAUGUGUAGACUUUACCGUAAAGCAUGGGGAUGUCAGUACAUGCAUUCGGUUUGAAGCAACAUCACAAUAGUGCCACUCUUUUUAUUUCUGUACGUCUGCAAAAUGUGUCAGUUGAUGUCAAAUUGGAACUAAACGCCAAUAAAAACUAAACAAACCUGAA